CAACGCUUUAAUCGUGUGCCUUGCGUAGAUUGAUCGCCACGGUCCACGUCUUCCUCCGGUGCGUCUCACGCACCAACACCUGCUCCCAGCCGCGCGCCGUACUGCACCGCGUAUGAUGGCUAGAGCGGCCGAGCACGUCGUCGUCCCCGUCCGCGGCAUGGAGGAACUAGGCGACGAUGGCGACGUGGCCCUCGGCUACCCGCUGAUCGACGAAGGUGACCGGAGGAAGCCGGCCGCCGCCGUGGGUUACCCGCUGCCGCCCCAGGGAAGGGAGCCACGACCGUCGUCGGCGACAAGACCACCUCCCCCCGACUACUGCGACUACUGCUGCAAUAUGUUCACCCUGGGUUUUGUGGUCACCUUCGGGCUUGUAUUGGUCACCGACUUUUUCCUGGCCAUCUUUCUACAGAAACAACCGAAUCCCUUGUUGGUGUUGAUAUGCCUCCCCUUCAUUUUCGUAAUCUUUGCUGGACUCGUCGUGUUGAUUAUUAUAUGUUGUGCAGCGUCAAAGCUCAGAGAUAGAGAGUCAGGUGGGCUAGGUCCAACUUGAUGAGAGCUGCCACAUCUGUUGUAAAUUCUUUAUACCUAGCAAUUAUUAUACCUAAAGAGUCCAGCAAAGAUUAAUGUUCAGAGGGCCCUGAUAUCAACGGACUGCCUGGCUACUGUCAAACACAUUAAGGAGCACUAUACCUGGGCACUAGUAUGGUGCUGGUGGAGGAGAUCAAGUCCAAGCUCUUGAUCUUCAAUUCUUCAGACUUAAUUCAUGUAACUCGCGAAUGUAAUAAGGAGGCUCAUUUACUUGCUAAAGCUGCAACUUCCUUAACCCCGGGAUGCCAUCUUUGGCUAACGGGAAGACCUGACAUAGUUUGUAUCC